GUCCUGUUCAUUUUGCCAACGGGCUGUCGUCACGAAGACUCGCGCGGCUGUCUGCAUAUGUCGUACGAUAUGGGCUUCAUAUUCCUUGGCAUCACAGCACUGAUCGCGUCUGUGUGUGUGGUGCCCCCCUUGGCCAAGGCCAUCAUAGGUCCUCUGCUGAGCUCGGCAGUGGCGAGCGGCGCGAAGAAUUAUGUCGAGGCAUUCGUGAAGGUGUUCUACAACGUGCUCGAGGGCACCGUCACGAUUGAAAACAUCUCGGUGCAGCCAAGCUACCUCUCUUCCCUUCGGUUCUCCCUCCCCGGCCCUGUGGAAUUUACCAAAGUGACGAUCACAAGAAUGCGUCUGCAAUUACCGGCGUUUUUCGGUGCCAACGGAGUUUACUCCUACCGCAUGCCCAUCCAGAUCACCGACUUCCACAUUGAAGGUAAAAUUGACGAUUCCUUUGAGAAGGACCACGAAGAAUACCUCAAGCGCGCCAUCGAGAACAAGCUGUCGCAGGCGAACACUGCUACGCAACUUGUGCUCGACUACAUAGGUCGAUUCCAACCAUCCGGUCCCCAAGUUGCUCCCACGUGGACGCAGAAAUUGACUCGUUCAAUUGUCGAAACGAUGGAGUUGUCUGUGAACAAACUGACAUUUUCGUUUGUUGGUAACGAGCCUGCGACACCUGCGACGUCGUUGAAGCUCGUCGCAGACGAUUGGGUCAUGCGAUGCACUCCCAGCGAAGAAACUCUCAAGACAAACCGCGCAAUGGUGUUCAAGAACCUCGGAAUUGUAAUUGGCGACACCCGCAUCCUCAGCUUUCCAUCUCUAAACUUGGAUCUGAACAUGCCUGACGUGUACGAAGUCAUGUAUUCGCCCCGACCUUUGCCCCAGAAGAUUCUGGGCGUCAAGUUGGACCCCCAAUCUAUGCUCAUGACGCUCAGCCCAGAUUUGUACACGUCGUUGAUGCGAUUUUACAUUUGCUACCUCAAGUACUGUGCCCUGCUGGAGCAAUUGGAGGGAAAACAAGUUGAAGCAUCGCUGUCGAACCUCUCUACGGAAGACACCCAUCGGUACAUCGAAGCUUUCAAGUGGGACCCCAAGGCCAACGCAGUCGAGCCCAACGAAACCAUUACGGAGCUGGAGAAAUCCCUCACGUUGUCGGCAAUCCUCAAGCUGCGCCAGAACAUCAUGAAGUGGGGGGUCAUGCUCCGGUCCGCCGGGCAAGACUCAGUGGACUUCGAGCACCUCCACGAGAAGCUUGCAAACGACGCUGCUUCCUUCCUGGGAAAGGACAUUGCCAUUCAAGUCGACCAGUGGGACAUCAAGUUUUUCGACGGCAAUUUGGCCGAACCAAUUGGUGACAUGGUGAUGAGCAACGUGUACAUGACUGUCAAGACGCGCCUCGUGGAAGACCUGAGCUUGGAGUUGACGUAUGGCAUCCGCAACAUCCAGCUCACAACGGACUGUCCGUCGAUGGAAUGCCAGCGGUCCCAGUUGAUCUCGCACGCGACGGUGCAACCGCUGUUGUUUGGUCACUUAAAACAAUUCCGAAAUGGCCACAUGGACGUCGACUUGAACUUGGAAAACAUGUCACUGUACGCUGCGAAGGAUCCGCUGGAGCAUUUCCUGUUGUAUCUGGAUCGAUUGCAAAUGGGAGCUCAAGCAGCCAAGACUGCCGCGCAAGACACUGGAGCAACAACGUCGACAGCGAUCGUGGCGAGUCAAACCAAUGCGAUUCCGUCCAACCUCCGCGACAUCAGUUCGUGCUCCAUCCUUGGCGGGGCGCUCUACGACAUCAAUAUUCGAGUGAUGGACCUGAGCAUUUUUCUCAUUCCACCGGUGGUCGAACACACUGGCUCAUUGCUCGAAUGCACGAUGACGGUGGUUCUUGAUAUUGACAGCGAUCUGACUCAUGAGCGGAUUUCAGUUGCCAUUUCGGACACAGCGCUGUCACCUCGGUUGUACCAGGCCCCCGAAGAGACGACGGGGUUCCCGACCAUCUUUUCGCCGCCGUCUGCCGAAUCGCUCUUGACGCCCAUGACGAUCAUGACUGACUACGACCUCAAACUGUUGAACGACGACGAGAAACGCACCCAAGCUGUCGGGCAGGACUUGACCCGGCCACAGUUCAAACAGGGACUUGCCGUGAAAAUCCCCGACAUUUCGCUCUCGUUUUCCCAGUUGAACUUUGCCAUUUUUUGGAGCGCCUUGACAAACCUGAGCAAGAUCGAAACGUCCACGGCAGAGCAGCGCCAGAAGCGAUUGGAAAUCGAGGCCGCGGCAAGAGAAGCGGAAAUGGAACUCCAGAUUAAGAAACGAUUGGACCAUGCACAAGCGCAGUUUGAAGAGAUCGAUGUGGAUGGCACCAAGAGCAUCGAGGUGGAUGAGCUACAAUUGCUGCUGCAACGUGCCAUUGUCCACGACAAGCUCCUGCUGUCGGAGCUCCAAGAACUCAGUACGGCCAUCUUCAAUCACAUUGACAAGGAUGGCAGUGGCACGAUCGACUUCGACGAAUUCAAGCACUUUUUGGUCGAAACCAUGAACGUUGAACACGUCAGGGGGUACCUGGACUUGUUUGCGGGCGAAUACGAUUGCUUGGACACGGUCCAAACUCGCUUUGGCAAGAUCAUGCCAUUUGAGCAGCGCGAUUCGAUUGUCGACUGGCACGGGUAUUUCUUGCGAAUCGCACGGGAAAACUCAGUACAAUUUUGGAAUGUGUAUACGUCUGAAACGGGUGCUGAAAAGACAUCGUGCAACAGCCAAGUCCCCCAACUCUUGCAGAAGAAGCUUGUGCGUUUGCUGCAGAACUUUGACGCCGCCCAGCAAUGCUGGCAAGUCAUCAUCCAGCCGAUGCUUCAAGACGAAGGCGACUUGUCUUGGAGUGUGAAGCGAGACAAUUUGACUGGUGGUUUGGUCGAAUUCGAGUCGGCCGGAAAGCUAAUGAUGAGCCAAGAGGUCAAGCACGAAGAAGUGACCCCCCAGCAGAUUGUCUCCACAACCGCGUUGGCCCGUUUGAUUGUUGCCACCAACAUGAGCCUGGGCAACUUGCGUGUGGAAAUGGUUGACGCUAGUUUGCCCAUCGAAGCACGCCGAGCCAAGUUUGUCAUCGACAGUGUGACCUGUCAAUUCAACAUGGCGUCUGACAUUGGGGUGACGGUGUACGACGUCAAUGCGGUCAACUCGGAGUGGGCCGGAACCAUGGGCUUUCACGUAUCUGCUGAGUGCUACAGUGAUCUGUCGUGUGCCAUGGAGUACAUCAUUGAGCCGUGGGUGUUCUCGAUGGGAGCACUGAGCAAGAGGGGUUCGGAAGGUUUCCACUAUUGGGGAGAAGCCGAGCGCCUGUUCCAAAUCAACUUGUCGUCGUCGCUGCUGCAGUUGCUCAAGAUCCUGCCUGAAAUUAUGUCGGGAACACUGGUCAUUGAAGAUGCGCCGAAAGUCCAAAAGCGAAAGGGCCAGUUGCCUUUUCAAAUUACAAACUUGACUGGCGUGUCGUUGAAAUUUGGUGCAGACGAAAGGGAGAUAGAGCUGUCGCCUCGUUCCGUGACUCCGAUCCAGUGGCCAUCGCGCGACAAUUGUACGCUGGACAUUCCUGAGUGGGGGUCAAAGUCUGGUAUUUCGUUGCCGCGUUUUGGUCCUCAAGAAAUUGUCGUGAAGGAGACUUCGACUGGCCAUGCAAUUUCGCUGAUUGCCAACUGCCGCUUCGACGACCCGAACGACGGGUCGGUGACUCUCAAGUCGAACGUGUACGUGACAAACCAAAGCCUGUUGGACGUGGAGUUGAAGUUUUUGAUCCAUUUGACUGGGUUUACUUCGCAAAACGACAAGGUGACUUUGAUUCCUGCCCACGAGCGACUGGCACUGCCCAUCUCUGUCUUUAUGGGCGACACAGAAUUGUACGUGCGUCCGGUCAAUGGAGAGUCGUGGAACACUAGCGUCAAGUUGACGAACGACAUGCUCCUGGAAGCUCCUUCGGACGAGCAGCGAACUAUCGUCAAGAGCACGUCGACCCAUUCCCUCCGCAAAGGAACAAUUGUGCCGAUCCAAGACCAACGUCGUUCGUCCAAACUCGUCAAAGUUCUCAACCCUUGCGUCCACCUCUACCGCCAUGUCAUGGCUGACAACAUGAUUCAGUGGGAAAUUGCCGUGUACGCCCCGCUCGUCGUCCAGAACGCCUUGCCCUACGAGCUCGAAUAUGUCUUUAUGGAGUACCGCAUGGAGAAGGGCGUCAAGUACGACAUGGCGACCAUUGAACAAAAGUUGCACGAGUCGACGGCCACGUUCAAAGUCAAAUCGGGCUGUUAUGGCGAAGUCCCUGGGGUGUCUGGUCAAACUCCUGGGUACAUGGCAGUUCGUUUGGUCCACAACGACACGAAGUCGAGCUGGUCGAAAGCGAUGCUUAUGGUGAUCAAUUCUCGAGUUGAAAUCUUUACCACCCCCGCUGAAAAGUGCGACUUGGAGGCGAAUUUGUCGGUGAACGUCCAACGCAUCAGCGUGCCUGACAAGCCCCGUGUAGUCAAGUUCUCGGCGCCGUAUUGGGUUUACAACAAGACUGCGUUGGGACUCGAGUUUCGCCUGCCGGACGACGAAGGUAGCAAAGUACCCGCCACCCUCAACCUCCAUCCAGUAUUCAACCAACCCAUCAUGCUCGCCAUGCCAAAGAACCGCCUGAGCUUCCGUCCUGUCAGCUCUGGAGACGUCCUGCCGCCGUCCUGGGAGUCACUGCACUCGAACGACCACUCGCAACCGUCGGUGUUCUCCCAAUUGAACGCGCAGUCGCCGUGGUCGGACCCUAUCAACGUGUCGGCCGUCCAAACAAACGGUGAAAUUUACAGUGGAUCGCACGUGUUUGGUGUCGACAUUGCCGGGUUGAUGGGCUUCUUUGAUGGAUCCGUUGCUCUGUCGUUGAGUCCGCGCUACAUUGUUCAAAAUCACACGCCAUUUGACGUUCAAUUCCGGUCGUUUGCCACGAGCGACAGCGACCAAAUCAUGAACGACAAGCUACUGUCGUCGCUGGAUGUGUUUGCGCUCAACAGUCAUAUCAACGGAGCAGUGUACCCGUUCAAGCAACUCAACAAGGAGCCGUUGUUCAAGUGUCAAAAGUACUUGAGUAUGGCGAUGCAGGGCAGCUCGGUGUGGUCGUCAGUGAUCUCUGUCAACAUAGUCGGUGACGUGUACUUCCCACUCAAGUGCACUACUCGCAAGCGAGAGUACAUUGUGAAGGCGGCGAUCCAAAUGCUGGGCACUCAUGUGUACGUUGUCCUGAGCGAUGCGUCGAGCUCUCCGCCGUACCGCGUGGAGAACUUUUCGAUGUUUCCAGUGUCGCUUCGCCAAGCUGAACAGAAGCAAGGCAACGUGACUCUAGGCCGCGGCCAGCGCUACGAUUUUGCAUGGGAUUUGGCCUUUGUGAACGAUCACAAGCUGGAAGUAGUGAUCCAGAACCAAAAGUACACUGUCGACAUCGACACGGUUGGCAAAGUCAAGUCGUCGAACCUGCUGGGGAUAUUGGAUGGGCAGUCCAAGUGCCGCCUCGAAGUCGUUCCGGUCGGCACCACGCGAGUCUUGCGCAUUGUCGAUGCCAAGUUACAGCAGCUGGACGCCCUGCGCAAGCAAGUGCCGGCGAAUGCUGCCCUGACGACGGCGUGGCACGCAACGUCGAUUGACGUUCGGUUGGCUGGGUUUGGCGUGAGCGUCUUGGAUGGGUACCCCCAGGAAGUGUUGUACGUUUCGAUGGAGAACAUUCAAGUUCGUACCAAGCCGCAGUCGUUGGAGUGGGAAGUGUCUGUGUUUCACUUCCAGGUGGACAACAUGCUUGCAGGGGCGCAUUUCCCCGUCGUGAUGAACCCCGUCAACAGUGGAUUCAAUGGAGAUGCGGACGUUCCUUGCUUCAAGUUGGUGAUUGAGCGCAUUGAGAGUUUGUCCGAGGCGUACGGCAUCCUCAAGCUGAUGGACAUCUCGCUCCAGCCUCUGUCGGUGAAACUCGAGUUGGAGUACCUGUUCAAGCUGCUCAACCUGUUGGAGCCACUGCUCUUGUCUGGGUCUCAAGUCGUUUCGCAAGAAAAGCUCGCUUUGGACUUGAACUCGAAGCCGCUGACUGCCCCCGAGCCCAUCGCGACCAAGUCGUCCGACUUGAUGUACUUUGAAAAGUUUACGAUCCAAGAAACGGAAUUCCAACUGGAGAUGCAAAUUCAAAAGGAUGACUUGACCCGACCGCUCCAGUCUCGUUCGUGGCUUGUGAACGCCCUGAAUCAGUUGGUUGGCAUUUUGGGCUCCAAGAUUAGUGGGUCGCCGACAUUUCGUUUUGCUCCGAUCACGAAGCGCCAUUGCUUUACGACCCAGUCGCGCUUGCAGUCGCAACUUGUCCAGAAUUACACGCGCGAAGUCGUUGUUCAAGCAUACAAGCUCGUGGGGUCGAUGGAUUUACUGGGGAACCCUGUGGGGGUGGUUGGGGACAUUGGCAGUGGCAUCAUUUCGUUCCUAAAAGUGACGGGCGACGAACUGACUGGUGACUCGAAGACGCGUGGCGAAGGCGUCAAGAUUCUGGGCAAGACGGUGGCGACUUCGGCGACGGGGUUUGUGUCCAAGGUCACUGGCAGUCUGGACAAGUUCAUGGACGAAGUGUCGGACGUGACGGACACGCGCCAAGUCAUCUCGUCGGACAAGGACCACGACAACAUUUUGGAUGGCAGCAUCAACUUUGCCAAGAACUUUGGCAAGGGAGUGGCCGGCGUCUUCACCAAACCAAUCGAAGGCGCCAUCUCUGGUGGCGUUGGCGGGCUCGUUCAGGGGACUGUCCAAGGGCUCGCGGGUCCGGUCGUUGUGGUGCUGAAGGGUGUGACGCAAACCACACACGCGUUGGCCCAGGAAGCGUCGGAGAAUCUGGAAGACGUGGUGCCAUUCCACGGACGUCGCCGCAAGGAAUUGAAGUUUGAAAACAAGAAGCUCGUGCCACGCACUGAGACGUCGCAGCUCGACUUGGAGAUCAUUUCGGCGAGUGGUUUGUUGGCUGCGAACGCCGGCAAGUGCAAUGCCGUGUGUUAUGUGUACUUGGACGACACCAAGGUAUUUCAUACCAAGGUCCUGUUCGGGUCGAGCAACCCUGAAUGGCACGCCAAGUUUCGCACCGAACUCAAGCCCAACACGAAGCGCAUCAAGUUUGUCGUCAAGGACAACUUUACCUCAUUUGAAGAGGAGAUUGGGAAGCUCGAGAUGUCUCUGGACGAGUUGAAGCAGGAUUUUACGCCGCCGCAGGCUGCGUCGCCACUAAGUCAGUGGGUGACGCAAAACGUGUCGACCCCCACCGCAUCCAACGUGGACAAACAUUUUGGCGUCGAUCCGUCGCUGAUCUCGGUCGAGGUGCCGCGCAUGGAGCGCGAGUACUUUUUGCAAGCCAAGAUGUCGUCCCAGAAAGCGUCGAAGAACCUCCAAGUGAUGGUGACCAUCUUGGACGUGUCGGACCUGACGCCGCUGAAGAACUUGUUUGGACGCAAUGCCAACAUAACGCCGUUUGUGGCCGUCGACAUUGGCGGAAAGGUGCAGAAGACGUCGGCCAAGACGGGCACGCACGUUGCGUACAAGGAAACGUUUACGUUUGAGUGGAAACCCGACACGUCGCGGUGCUUGAUCACGGUCUUCGAUAAGAGCAUGCUCUCGGACGACCUGGUCGGGUCGGCCUUUUUACCGCUCGACAUCAACACGCCCGUCAUGGAGACGGUCCUGGAAAUGCAGGCUGGCGCCAAGAAGGACGUGAACGGCCGCGUGACUGUCAAGUACGAGAUUGUGGGACUGCCGGCCCCCGACACGCCCAACUCGACCAUGGACCGCCGCAACAGUGGUCGCACGGCCGGUCGCCUCAAGUUGUAUGCAAAGCUCUCGUAAACGCAUGGAUAUUUAGGAAAUGCAUUUUUCAUGCCA